CACGUGGUCUUUAUUUAUGUAAUGUAAUGGUGUUACACAGUAACCCAGCUCUGUGGCUGUAGAUGCGUCGUAACAGGGGCUAAAAGCUGACACGGACAACCAAAAAGAAAGAAUAUCAAUGAAAAACUACUGGGUCGUGGUUCGUGUUGCGUUCGAGGAGCUCCGAGCGGUGAGGAAAGCAGAGGCGCAGUGAGCUGAGUUCUGUUUGAUUCAGGCUGCUUGGAAGGGGGAGACGUUAUGCGCCCCAAACCAAAGACUAAGUUAGUGCUGAGAAUGAGUAAGGGCACUGGAUACAUUUGUAUCUACCGCGGGAAUUUGUAGAGUAAGCACAAUGGUAGCGUAGAUUAGCAGUAACGUUAGCUAGCUAGACAGACCCCGGACGGGGUUGCUAGAUUAUCGAAGAAGGGACCCGUUUACUGUGUCGCUAGUUGUCCCCGUGUGUUAUUUAAUGGUCCAUGCAGUACUAUCACACAAACGAGCCUUUCCGUCCGCAUUGCUUCGAAGAAAAAAGCAACACAUUUAGCAGUUGGACGUUUUUCCGGUGACAUAAGCCAUCCACCGUCCACCAUGGAUCUGCUGGAGUGUCCGCUCUGCCUCUUCCUGAUGUGCGAGCCGGUCACCAUGUCGUGCGGCCACACGUUCUGCCGGAGAUGCGUGGGGGGCUACCUUCCGUCCAAAUGCCCGUCGUGCAAGGAGAGGUUAAAACAAAGAGACGUGAAAAUCAUGAAGAACAACGUUUUGCUGGUCGGCGUCGUUGAGAAGGUCUGCCCCGACGACACGAAGACGAAGUGCCAAAUACAGGAGAAGCUCAAAGCCAACGAGUUCAUGGAAGCUUUACGCAUUGCAAAUGAGGGGCUACACUUAGUCCCAGAUGACCCGGGUUUGAAGGUGUACAGAGCUGAAGCUAACCGGGGCCUGAUGCGUUUCUCUGAUGCUCUGACAGACCUGGACUACCUCUGCUGCCUUCGUCCUAGCUGGACUGAGGGCUUCUUUCGUAAAGGGAGUGUGCUGCUGGAACUGGGUCAGCACACAGACGCCCUCAUCCAGUUCUACCGAUGCCUAAAACUUCAUGCUGACUUUGGCCCCGCAAAGAGCCAGAUCAAGAAGAUUCUGGAGGCAGAGGGCGUGGCAGUGCCGGACGAGGCAUCCUGUAUCUUGCAGGUGGUGUCUGAGUACCUGAAGGGUCCCUGCCCCAUCACCAGCGUCUGUGACUCCCAGGGGCCAAGUCACCCUGAGGGCCUCAAACACUCAUGUGGGGAUGAUGGAGAGGGAAAAGGGAGGAGAGAGGCCCACCAGGUAUGGGGCUCGAAGGUGAAGCAGGACACGGGUACCGAGUGCUGCCUCAGCCUCUGCCAAGCUGUGUCCUUCCUCCCGGCUGCUGAGGAGGACGAGGAGAUGAUGAUGAGUAAGGAAGAUGGACAUGGCAAGGGUACAAAUGGUCCGAGCAGGGAGAAAAGGCUGAGUGUUCUCACCGUGUCAGACUUUGAGUGUCCUCUCUGCAUCAGGUUGUUCUUCGAGCCAGUCACUACGCCCUGUGGUCACACCUUCUGUAAAAACUGCAUAGAGAGGAGUCUGGACCACAACCUCCGCUGUCCUCUGUGCAAACAGCCCCUCCAAGAGUUCUUUAAAAACAGGAAGUACAACCCCACCGCUCUGCUCCAGGAGAUCAUGGCCCACCUUUUCCCCUCCCAGCUGGCUGAGCGGAAGCAGGUCCACGAUGCCGAGAUGGCUGAACUGUCCAAUCUGACUAAGGACAUCCCUAUAUUUGUCUGCACGGUGGCCUACCCUGGACUGCCCUGCCCCCUGCACAUCUUCGAGCCUCGAUAUCGGCUGAUGAUGCGGCGCUGCAUGGAGACUGGCACCAAGAAGUUUGGCAUGUGCAGCUAUGAGCAUGGCAAGGGGUUUGCAGACUACGGCUGCAUGUUGGAGAUCCACAGUCUGGAGCUGCUGCCUGAUGGGCGCUCCUUCGUGGACGCGGUGGGGGGCAGCAGGUACAAGGUGCUGAAGAGAGGUCAGAGAGAUGGCUACCACACCGCUGAUAUAGAGUACCUGGAGGACCUCAAGGUUGAUGGGGGUGAGUUGGAGCUUUUGGAGAGUCUCCAUGAUAGUGUGUACCAGCAGGCUCAGGACUGGUACCAGCGUCUUGGCAGCCGCAUCCGGGAUCAGAUCAACAGACAGUACGGCACCAUGCCAGAUAAGGAGGAAAACAUUCAGGCCUCGUCCGACGGUCCCGCCUGGUGCUGGUGGCUGCUCUCGGUCCUCCAGCUGGACCCUGCCUAUCAAACCACUGUCCUGUCCCUGACCUCACUCAAAGACCGCUUGGGACACCUCCGACUCGUCUUGGAGUACUUCUCUCAGAGCUAGACCCCAGCUAUCCAUCAUCCAUGCCACCGAGCUGGACUCUGAAACCUAAAGGCCAAAUCAUGUGGUCAAUAGCAGACAGAACGGGAUUUUAUAACAAAAAACAGUGCAGUUGUACGGAGUUGGGCUUUUGGUGUUUGAGUUUGCAUGCGUUAUCUUUCUUGCACCACUUUGUUCCCCAGGAAGUCACGGGUUCAGCCUAGUUUCUGAAUAACGGUGUGCUUGCUGCAGCAGUAAGAACUACAGGGCCGACCAAAGAUGCUUCAUGUUUAGAUCCAUCUAAUGUAGUAAUACACUCUUUGUUGAUCAACUAAAUCAGUUCAAAUAUUAUUGCUAAAAAUAAG